GAGGGAGAGGGGCCAUGGCGGGCGGCGAGACGUUGCGGGCAGCUUUGGCCGCUGUGGUGUUGGCGGCCUGGAGCGCCCACGGUCUGUACUUCCACAUCGGCGAGACCGAGAAGCGCUGCUUCAUCGAAGAAAUCCCGGAUGAGACCAUGGUCAUCGCUGGGGUGGGGGUGUCCCUGGAGCACAUGGGGUGCCUGCCAGCCUGGGUGGUGCUGUCACGGCAGUACGGCUCUGAAGGACGGUUCACCUUCACCUCCCACACACCGGGCGAGCACCAGAUCUGCCUCCACUCCAACUCCACCCGCAUGGCGCUCUUCGCCGGUGGCAAACUGCGGGUGCACCUGGACAUCCAGGUGGGUGAACACACCAACAACUACCCCGAAAUCGCUGCAAAGGACAAGCUGACGGAGCUGCAGCUCCGCGCCCGCCAGCUCCUCGACCAGGUCGAGCAGAUCCAGAAGGAGCAAAACUACCAACGGUACCGGGAGGAGCGUUUCCGCAUGACGAGCGAGAGCACCAACCAGCGGGUGCUGUGGUGGUCCAUCGCCCAAACCAUCAUCCUCAUCCUCACCGGCAUUUGGCAGAUGAGGCACCUCAAGAGCUUCUUUGAGGCCAAAAAGCUGGUGUAG